AUCACACCCAAGCCUUGACAGAGCCGCUUGCACACUCGUCUGGCCACGCCCAGAGCUGGGCAACGCCACUAGUGUGCGUGCCUGGCCAUGCCCAGUAUCUGGCGAGGCUACUCGCGGGCUCCAUUACUUGCAUCCAAGCAGCAAAGUCGCCAUCUCUCAGCACCCAUGGUGCCUCACCUGCAACGCCCAACAACCACGAUGCCUCGUCUGCGACGCCCGAUGACCCUGGUACCUCGCCAUCAGCGCCCUUGCCCGCUUGCCAGUGCACGGAGCCCAUGGCGUAUAGUCCUUGGCGUCGACCCAUGGUGCCUCCGCCUCCCUAA